UGUGAGAAACUGGGAUUAGGGUUUUAGUGCUUCCUUGCCUUAUAAAUGUUCAUUUUCUAAGAACUUAAACCUAGCUUGAGACCAAGAGCUCUGUGAAAGAACAGUCCCAUAGGAGCUGAGCGAUGGUGCACGUUUCCUUCUAUCGCAACUAUGGGAAGACAUUUAAGAAGCCCCGUCGCCCCUAUGAGAAAGAGCGAUUGGAUGCAGAGCUAAAGUUGGUGGGAGAGUAUGGUUUGCGGUGCAAGAGAGAGCUAUGGAGAGUCCAGUAUGCACUGAGCCGAAUUCGUAAUGCUGCUAGAAUGCUUUUGACUCUUGAUGAGAAGAACCCUCGUCGGAUCUUUGAGGGUGAAGCUCUUCUCCGCAGGAUGAACCGUUAUGGUCUAUUGGAUGAGAGUCAGAACAAGCUUGAUUAUGUAUUGGCCUUGACUGUGGAGAACUUCCUUGAGCGCCGUCUGCAAACACUUGUCUUCAAGUCUGGUAUGGCAAAGUCCAUCCACCAUGCCCGUGUGCUUAUCAGGCAGAGGCAUAUCAGGGUUGGAAGGCAGGUGGUGAACAUUCCAUCUUUUAUGGUGAGGGUUGAUUCACAGAAGCACAUUGAUUUCUCCUUGACAAGUCCAUUUGGGGGUGGGCGUCCUGGAAGAGUGAAGAGAAAGAACCAGAGAGCAGCUAGCAAGAAGGCUUCUGGUGGAGAUGGUGAUGAGGAGGACGAGGAGUGAGCUUUGAGUUUAGCACCAUGCUAUUAGAGCCUGUGCUACUUUCUUGGCUAGUUUUAUUGUUACUCUUAAGGGCUAGGCUUGUUUUUUCUUUCCUUUUUUAGAGUUUACAUAUUGCUGCAUAAAUGGUUUGCUUCCUGAAGUUUGAUAUUGGUUUUGUUUUGUUAUGAAUUAUGUAGCUAUGACCUGUGCUGAGGAUUAUUAUAAUUUUUUCCCACCAAGUGACAAUAUUGCUUUCUGCUUA